AUGUACGGCCCCGCCGGUCACUCGGUCUUUCAAUCGGUCGGGGUGCGCGCGCGCGCCGGUGUGAAAUGCACCAAGACGUGGGCGGGGCGGGAGGAUGAUCCUCUACUUUCUCCUCCUCCUCUCCCUCCAUCUGCGGCUAGCGACGCACGAUUCUGUCCCCCCAAUUUGAUUGAUGGCUGCCGCUGCUGCUGCUGCGCUGCUGCCGCGGAUAUAUUUGAAAGUAACCAGAAAAAAAAGCUGAGGCCAUCCACCACCCCCUCCUUAUCCGCAAAGAGACACAUUGCCCGUGACCAGAAGAUUCUGGAACACAGAACAGAACAGCGCGUCACCGAAAAGGUCCGUGAUCUCAACUCCCCAAUAGUGACUACCUGCAUGUAA